CCUAUACAGUGGUGGAUUAUAUUCAGAAUCUUUACUCAGGGUUCGGAAAAUAAAAAUAUAGUGUCUUACUCCUAUAUAUAGCUAUUCUUUCUGUCAUCAAUCUUUCAUCAACUAGCUACUUCUAAAUCUUCUUCUCCAACAAUGGCGCCACUACUUUUCUUUGCCUUUUUCCUUCUCAUUGCUUCUACUAACGGAGCUGCUCCCGGUGCUCCUGGUGCUUUCCCACCCGUCAAUGUAUCCUCUCCAACACCUCCGGUCCCCAUGCCACCAACAACUCCAUACCCACCACCCAUCCGAUUGAUCACCCCGCCUCCUCCACCACCAGUUAAGUUACCAUCCCCACCUCCGGCAGUCAAGCUACCGCCACCUCCACCAUCACCACCACUCCCUACUCCCCCCGUUUCACCACCAAAGACCACAGCAGAUUGCAUUCCCCUAUGCUCGGUGAGAUGCAAAUUGCAUUCAAGGAAGAAUGUAUGCCUAAGAGCAUGCACUACUUGCUGUUUAAGAUGCAAAUGUGUUCCACCAGGCCAAUAUAGAAACAGAGAGAAAUGUGGCAAAUGCUAUGCUAAUAUGACCACUCGCGGAGGCAGACUCAAGUGCCCAUGAAAAUGGUUCAUACAGCAGGGA